AGCUACUUUAUUUCAAGAAGUAGCGUUUUAUUCGUCGAAGCUAUGCCACGCGUCUGGCGAUCUCGAGGUUACCAGCCUCCCAGCACCAGCGGUGCAGUUUCUGCGCAGCAGCCAGAUGGCGUGGCCCAAUUCUUCCAAGCCUUAGGCACUCGAAAUCUUCAAACCAAGACUGCCAGGCCUCCACCCCGGACCCCCUCUCGGUCGAAAGAUGUAGCCACGGGACUUCGGGAGGGCAAGUUGACCUUCUACGGAGGAGUGCGGAGCAAAGUUCCUUCCUUCUAUCCCGUGGUGCACCGGUCCCCGCGGUAUGAGACCUCCACUCUCUCUCACAAGUCGAACGAGCAUGAGCAGCACGAGCGCGACGGCUCGGAGCAGCACGACGGCUCGGGGCUCGGACGGACUGCGGGAGAUGGGCGGUCGUUCUAUAUGCGGUCCAAGUUGCUUCAAGCUUCCGCGCCUUCGACGCCUUCCACGUUGACUUUCAAGAGGAUGAGCUCAGCAAGCUCUCCAGUGGAGCAGCUUUCAAGCAGCGCUGUUUCUGCUGCAAGCCCCGCUCGCAGUGUUUCGGGGACCAGCUCGCAGCCGGAGGCUGAUGAGGUGGAUAGGGUGAUCGAAGGCGAAGAGGAGCUCUUGCAGACAGCAGCUCUUGACAGCGAUCAGUCCGUGCCUUGUUCCUCGAUCGAGAACCAGAAUCAGCCGGUCGAGGCGUUAGAGACAUCGCAGCAGACGUCGCAGCAGACGUGGUUGCGGCUCAGUGGUGCAAAGCGAUGGGCGGACAGUUUGGAGGAUCCGGAUGAGGAGCAGUUCUGCGGACUUGCGAACUGGCCGCAGAAGAAGCAAGAAGAAGACAAGGUGACCGGCGUCAGCUUUGAGCAGACUCCAGUUUGGAGGCAGGAGACCUGGCAGACCCGUUCCAGCUGGCGAUCCGAGAGCUGGCAGCAAUCCGAUAGCUGGCAGUGGUGGGGGAGACAAGGAAAGCGCCCUCGGCGAAAGCCUAAAAAGGCAUCCCAGACGUCGCAGCAGACGUCGGGACGUGCGAACUGGCAGGAGACCUGGCAGACCCGUUCCAGCUGGCGAUCCGAUCGCUGGCAGCGAUCCGAGAGCUGGCAGCGAUCCGAUAGCUGGCAGUGGUGGGGGACACAAGGAAAGCGCCCUCGGCGAAAGCCUGAAAAGGUAGUGCAACAGCGCGGGGAGGCAACCCCAUUUGCCCUGGAGGAGCCGGAGCUGAUGACACAGGACCUGGAUUUGUGGCCUGCCUUGCCGCAGCGCAGGUGAUCCCAGAGACUCCGAGGUGGUUUGAAUCUGCCAUGGGCAGGAUCUUGUUUGAAGUCCACAAACAGGGCGAUUGUUCAUAGAUUGAGUUCUACUUGACUCCCCCGUAUCUUACUGUACCAGAAUUGGUGUGCAAGCAGCUUCGAAACGAAGGACACUGAACUCCUGGCAAAGAAGGUUUGUUGCAA